AUGGAUCCCAUUUCAGGGAAGGUAAAAAAUCAGUUUGACAAGAAGUUAGGUAAUGGAACCAAAGGAAACUCCAAAAAGAAAAUACCCCAAUCUCAAAAAAAUAUAGAAUCCAGUUUGGAAAAAUACACUUCCAGUGAUUAUAAAAAGAAGAAUAAAUCCAUGACGAGAAGGUCCCAUAAAAACAGAGAUCAUAUGAAGACGCAUAGAGAGCAUUCUGAGGCAAAUAACUCGAAAAAUAGCACAAGUAUCAGCUAUCAUUAUCCUUAUUCAAUAGACCCGAGUGGUAAGAUAGAUUUUGAGCAGCUGGUAGAAUCUGGUACAGUAAGCCUUGCAGACGCUAUGGAGUUGCUGUUAGACUCUGUUCCAGAGAUUGCACAUGUCUCAGUAGACAACCAAGGACGACAGUUGGUACAUGGGCCCGAAGCUAUAAGUAGACUUAAUGCUGCAAAAUAUAAUCAAAACAAACUGUAUACAGAAGAUAAAUCCAGCCCCACCAAUCAGGUGCCUAAACUCGUCAAUAUUUGCAAUGCAUUUUUUCAAGACAAUUUAAGUUUGAUAGGGUAUACCGGUGGAGCACCAUACUCAGUCCUGGAACCCAUUUUGGAAAAGGCAAAUCCAGCUCAACUUUAUCGUAUCGAGUUCAACAAUCAAUACUUGAUAGAUGGACAAACGGAUGCAUUAUGGGAGCUGCAUUGCAAAAGAGAUUUAAAGUAUAGAAAGAAGUUUUGGUGGGAAAGUUAUAGGGACAUGUAUAUACAUUACGAAAUUGAAAGGCUGACAAAAUUAGGAGUUUUAACAUAA